UGCAACUUUGCGCGGGGCCUCACCCUCUCCUUUCCCCGACUCCCACUACCUACCUACACCUGGUUGAGCCAUGGACCCGUCCGCCCAACCCCCGGCACCCGAGGCCGACAGCGCUGCCGCCUCAACCGAGAACAAGUUCCAGCUGGCGAUAGCCGCGUGGAGGAACGUGAACCUCACGGCGCUGGUACCUUCGCUCGACACUUCGGCCUCCGAGCUCGUCGAGCACCAACGCGAUGCGCUCACCCAGCGGAAGGACCUCGCGCAGAAGACGAAGGACUUCAGGAAGCUAGACGAUGCGAGCAAACUCGCCGAAAUCAAGGGGUUGUUGAAGGCAUACCAGAACUUCAUUGACGUCCUGACGAACCAAUCCAAAUCCAUCUCGGCCGCCUUCUUUCAAGCGUACACGCCCCUGUCCGAGGCGCCGGACCCGUAUCCUCUGCUCGAAGCCUCUGUCGACUCCAUUGUCACCGCCGAAGAAACCGUCCCGAAGCUUACCGACGAAAACCAGCGCCUCCAGAAGACCGUCUCGACCCUGACCUCGCAGCUGGAGGACACAGAAAACAAGUACGAAGAGGAGCUGAAUGCGCGAAAGAGCCUCGAAGAGACCCGGGACGCCAAGAUCAAGGAGGUCGAAACUUCGUGGACCGCCGUGCUGAGCGAGAAGCAGGACAACUGGGAGGCAAAGGAGAAGUCUCUCGAGGAGAAGGUGGAGAACCAGGACCGCUUGCUGAAGGAGCUCAAAGCCAGCCUUGAGGUUUCGCAGCGCCUGGGCAAGGGCGAGGACGAGGACGACCACGCCGGACGCGGUGGAGCAACGACUGCGGAGCUGGAAAUCGUGAGCUCGGAGUUGGACCGGGCGAACACGCGGCUGGCAGACGUCGAGGCGAGGAAUGAGCAAUUGCGGCUCGAGUUGGCCCAGGCGGCCUCAAACGCAGGCACCGCUCAGGCACCCGUUUCGGUCGAGGAGGACCCUCUUUUCCGGAGGUUGCAGUCGGAAAACUCGUCGUUGCUCAGGAGAUUGGAGGCGGCGCGAUUUGAGAAAGAUUCGGAUAGAAGAAAGCUAGAGACGGACACGCGGGGUUUGGAGAGGGAGGUAGCAGCGCUGAAGAAAGACAGAGACACAUUGAGGGAAAAGGUCAACAGCUGGGGCGACUACGAGAAUGUCAAGCGCGAGCUUGAAGUUUUGAAGUCCAUCGAGUUCGCCACCGGGGAAGACGACAACGAGGACUUGGACGGCUCCUCCGAUGACCCCGAAAAGACUUCAACGUCCAAGAGCAAGGGCGAGACGCUAGAGCAGCUCCUCCUGGCGCGCAACAAGAAGCUCAGCAACGAGCUCACGGUGCUGCGGGUAUCGCACCAAGACCUGCAAAGCCGGCUCGAGGCGCUGCAAGAGGAGCUGUCGAGCACGAACAUGGAGCUCGAAAAAUCACAAAACCUCGCCACGACGCUCGAAAACGACCUGAUGAAGGUGCAGCAAGAGGCGCAAAACGCCUUCGACCCCUCGGCCAUGUCCGUCGCCGGCGGCACCUACACGUCGCGCUACCCGCAGUCGUCGUACGGCGGGCGGGCCGGCACCACGCGCGGCGGCCGCUCCUCGCCCACCUCGUCCAUCAUCUCGGGCUUCCAAGGCAGCGGCAGCCUAGAGGCGCUGCGCGCAGGCGAGCAGCAGAGCACUGGCGGGGCAGGCGCGGGGAUCCUCCCCAUGGUGACGGCGCAGCGCGACCGGUUCAAGAAGAAGAACAGCGAGCUCGAGAGCGAGCUCCAAAAAGCGUACCAAAACGUGUCAACGCUGCGGUCCGAGAUCGCGUCGCUGCAGAAAGACAACCUCAACCUGUACGAGAAGACGCGAUACGUGAGCACGUACAGCCGCGGCGCCCACAACAGCAACCACGCCGCGCCGGCCUCCGCCGCCUCCGGCAACUGGAGCAGCCCCAACCCCAGCACCAUCCGCGUCGACGCAGACACCUCGUCCGGCCUGAGCCUGGACCGCUACCGCAGCGCCUACGAGCAGAACAUCAGCCCGUUUGCGGCGUUCCGCGGGCGCGAGUCGGCCCGCGCCCUCAAGCGCAUGAGCCUGCCCGAGCGCCUCGUCUUCCGCGUCACCAAGCUCGUCCUCGCCACGCGCACCAGCAGGAACCUCUUCGCCGCUUACUGCCUCGCCCUCCAUGUCCUCGUCUUCUUGAUGCUGUUUAGUGGCGCGAGCGGCGGCGCCGUCGAGGCUGCUGGCUCUUCGGCUGCCGGCAUGGCCGCUGCCGCCGAUGGCGCUCUGACGGGGAAAGAGGAUACGAAGGGCGCGUGGCAUCAGGAGGGCUUGGGUGAGACGUAGACGUGCGGGCUCUUUUUUCUCUUUUUUGAGUCGGGUUGUUUUCGCGGGGAGCGCGCAGCUGCGGCUGCAGUGCUGCGGUAGGUCGGAUAUAGGGUUUUUGAUGUAUUUGGCGUCGCGCUGUAAGGUCACCACAACGCGAGCAAGUAGGCAAACAAACAAACAAACAAGCACAUCACUCAGUGCGCGCGGAGCAGCGCGCUGCAAUCUUCAACCAUAGCACCAAUUUCGUAAUCUUGUUUUUCUG